AUGUUUCGCGUUCGAAAGGUGCCGACCGACGAGUUGGCGGUGACGAAUUGCGCCGUCGUCAGUCGCGACGAUUUCGAGGCGAAAUCCAUCAAGCAUGUUCGCGUCCAAACCGGUCCCGCUCAUCAUUUCAUUUUCACAAUCAAAAACGACAUGUCGAUGAAGCGCGGCGAGAUCGCGUUCGCGGUCCCGCAACGAAAAUGGGCGGCGCUUUCGCUCGACCAGGAGGUUCGCGUGGUCCCGCACCGAUUUGAGCCCAGCGAAUAUAUCGGCUCGAUUGUCGUCUCGGCGGAUUUCAAUAAUAAGAAAAAUGUGACAUCGGAGCCGCUGAAUGCCGAUCUCAUGGCGCGCGAGUUUUCGAUGCAAUUCGUCGGUCAAGCGUUUUCGCAAGGCGAAUUGCUGGUUUUUCGUUUCGAGGACAAGGAGAAGAAUCGCGUUCACACACUAUCAUUGACUGUCAAAUCGAUUGAAGGAUUUGAUGUGACGAAGGCGAACGUGACGGCGACUGGCGACGGAAGCGCUCAGGCGACGAAACCGCAGACGAUAGGCGCUGGCGAGCUUUUGCCGAAUUCGGUCAUCGUUUUCGACAAGGAGGAGGGUUCGAUGCUCAAUUUGAUUGGCAAAAGCAAAGGAAAAUCGGCGUAUCGUUCGAUCAUCAAUCCGGAUUGGGAUUUCCAGAAGAUGGGAAUCGGCGGUCUCGACAAAGAGUUUUCCGGAAUUUUCCGGCGCGCGUUUGCCUCGCGCGUAUUUCCGCCGGAAUUCAUCGAGCAAUUGGCCAUGAAACACGUUCGCGGAAUUCUGCUCUACGGACCACCGGGAACUGGAAAAACGCUGAUGGCGAGACAAAUUGGAAAGAUGCUCAACGCGAGAGAGCCGAAAAUUGUGAAUGGUCCCCAGAUUUUGGACAAGUAUGUCGGCGAGUCGGAAUCGAACGUUCGGAAAUUGUUCGCCGACGCCGAAGAGGAAUGGCGGCGGUGCGGCGCGAACUCGGGAUUGCACAUCAUCAUUUUCGAUGAGAUUGACGCGAUUUGCAAGCAGAGAGGCUCGAUGGCUGGCAGCUCGUCGGUUCACGACACGGUUGUGAAUCAGAUAUUGUCGAAGAUGGACGGCGUCGAGCAAUUGAACAACAUUCUCGUCAUCGGAAUGACGAAUCGCAAAGAUAUGAUCGAUGAUGCGCUUCUGAGGCCCGGACGGCUCGAGGUUCAGAUGGAGGUCUCGUUGCCGGAUGAGCAGGGACGAUUGCAGAUUCUCAAUAUUCAUACGGCGCGAAUGAGAGAGUACAACAAAUUGGAUCCGAAUGUGGAUUUGAAAGAUUUGGCGAAACGAACGAAGAACUUCUCGGGUGCCGAAAUCGAGGGUCUCGUUCGCGCCGCGCAAUCAUCGGCGAUGAAUCGUUUGGUGAAAGCCGGCGGCAAAGUGCAAUUGGAUCCGGACGCGAUCGAGAAGCUCAUGAUCAACGCCGCCGAUUUCGAUUAUGCGCUCGAGAACGACGUGAAGCCGGCGUUCGGACGAUCGGAUGAGUCGCUCAACAAAUUUCUCGAUCGCGGUUUGAUCGUGUGGGAUCCGGAAGUGAAUCGGAUUCUCGAAGAGGGCGCCCUUCUCGUCGAGAGCGCCAAAAAUCCGGAGAACAGCGGAUUUGUGACGGCGGUGUUGGCGGGCGCGCCGCGAAGCGGAAAAUCGUGUCUCGCGGCGACGAUCGCCAAAAACUCGGAGUUCCCGUUUGUCAAGGUCGUCUCGCCGGGCGAUAUGGUCGGAUUCACCGAGUCGGCGAAAUGUUUGGCGCUUCGCAAGGCGUUCGAUGACGCGAAACGAUCGAAACUCAGCGUGUUGCUCAUCGACAAUUUGGAGCGAUUGCUCGAUUAUUCGCCGGUGGGACCGCGCUACUCGAAUCUCGUGCUUCAGGCGCUUCUCGUUUUGCUCAAUGAGCCGCCGCUCGCCGACCAUCACCUCCUCGUGCUCGCCACAUCGUCGAAUCGCUCGUUUUUGCGCGAGCUCGAGCUCAUGGACGCGUUCGGCCACGUCAUCGAUGUGCCUUUAAUCGCGACGCCCGAGCAAAUCAUGAACGUGUUGUCGGAAUCGUCGGUGUUCACCAGCAAUCAAUUGCACGAGAUCGAGGAACGCCUCAAAUCCCUCGAACAAUUGCGAAAAUUCGGCAUCGGCAUCAAACGCCUCCUCGAUUUGGUGGAUUUCGCGCGUCAAUGCGACGCUGAUUAUCGUGUGUCGACGCUGAUCGCCAAAUUGGAGAACGUCGCCCUCAAUUUGUACUAA